GUGCGCAGGUGAAGCUUUCGAUGGCGCUGGCGAAGCAGAUCUACCAGUCGCUUGUGAGGCACUUCACUGAUGAAGGUCCUCACGGCAAGGGCCCCAGCAAGGGGUCGAGGCACUGGCUAUUGUGAGACUCGGUUCGUGGGCAACAAGUCGGUCUUAGAGAAGCACUUUAUGAAAAAGUGCAGCAUUGAUCUUGUCACUCGGGCAUUGACAGCGGAGGAGAGGGUGAUGAGAGUCGAGGGCAUCCGGUUGGGGAAGCACCAGGCUAGUCAGCUCCUAGGUGCAACUGGUGGGAGUAGUGGUCUGAGCACAGGACCGUCUUCCAGCAGUUUCGUGCCUCCGUCAUCACCAAGAGAAAGGCCAAGUGAUGGUGAGACGCCCUCGCCUGCAGGAUCUGGGACAUGCUUCCCUCUUCCCCCUGGAAGUGGUGGACGGUCGGUGAGACAAACUUUGAUCGAGGAGGCGGACAGUAUCAUCACCCAUAACGAGCGAACGAGUCGAAAGAUGGAUCAGUUUCUGAUUUGCAUGAAUCAGCCAUUCAGCCUGGUGGAGAACUACUACUUCGUCGAUUUCCGCGAUGCUGUGAAGAAGUUCCAUCCUAAUUGGUGGCCUCGCAAGAGGGACGAGAUGAGGACGAAAAGGUUGGAUGGGCAGUUUAGUGCGGGGUCCAUUGUCGAUGUUGUGAUGGACAAUGCGAGGGUUUGCGCUAAAGCGGGGAAGAUGGUGGAGGCCAAGUACCCUGGUAUUUUUAGUGUGGGUUGCACAGCACAUGCCUUGGAUCUGGCCUUGGAGGACAUGUACAAGUGCAUGGAUUGGAUGAAAGCGGUCGUAGACAAGGGCAAUCAAGUUGGUAAGUUCUUCACAAAAGUCGACAAGGUCCGUGCGAUGUACAACAAAAUUGCGAAUGCGCAACUCAAGCGUCCGGCAGUCGCAAGAUUCGCGACUAACUUUAAGAUGCUUCAGUCGCUGAAGACAGGGAGGAAUCCAUCCGCGCUCUGUGUCGGCAACGCGGCGUGGGUGGAGAAGUUGGCGAGCUCGUCGGCUGCGUGCGAGCGAAAUUUGAGCUUGCACCAGCUCAUUUACGGCCAACGCCGCACGAAGCUCGUGCCGGAGAGAUUGAGCAAGCUGGUGUACAACAAUUGGAAUAUCCAAUUGGCGACGCGGACAGAGCGAGGGGACGAAGAAAAUCCGCGUCGUAGCCGGAAAAAGCAGUCUUCUUCGUCCUCAUCAUCAGCGUCCGAAGACAGUGCGCCGGAGAACAGCGAGGAGGAGGAGGAAAUGUCCCAGCACGGUAGUGGAGAGCCGGAUGGUAGUGGAGUGUCGGACGGAGAUGAGCCGGAGGAGGACCCGUCGCAGGCGGGGUCUCACGGGGAGGAACAGCCGAGGGGGGAGGACGAGUAGCCCUUAGCGAAAGAGUACCUUGAGGGCCGUGUGUCCGCUGUCCUUGCUUGCUUUUGUGUUCCUAAAAGUACAAACUUUGCAAACUUUGCUUUCGGGAUCUUGUAUCUGUGUGUGUGUGUGUGUGUGUGAAAUUGUGAAUGUGUGCUUUUGCUGUUUCAGCAGCUGCUGCUUGUGCUGCAGCUGGUGCUGUUGCAGGUAGCAAUGAAGCUGCUGUUUGUGC